CACGGAGAACUGCUAUAAAAGAUAAGUCUUCUGACUGCGCAUCACAAUUACAAUGGUGUACCAGUGAGCAAGUCAGGUGGAAACCAUGCGAUCUCUCAUAAUACCUACUGAUCGAGCUUUUCUUUCUACAUCAUUUUACAAAAUGACAAAUAUACAGUUAUAUUGUGUAAUUAUUGUGUUAUGCUAUAAAUAUACUUUUGCUGUUAAUCAUGUUAUAAGACACACGGACAACGGUAAAGUUAGAGGUGUUUUGGAACAUGUUCAGCAUGGGAAAUUUAUAGAGAAAUUUUUAGGCAUUCCAUACGCACAACCACCUAUUGGGAAAUUAAGAUUUGAGGCCCCAAUCCCUCCACAUGGCUGGGGCAGUGAAAUACUCAGUACAGAAAACUUUGGUCCAGCCUGUCCGCAGGGUGCUGGAGGUAUGGAAUAUAUCAAACUGCAUCACCCUGGCUUUGAUUUAUCAAGUGAAGAUUGUCUCUACCUCAAUAUAUAUGUGCCUAAGAUUGUUAAUCAUAAUUCCCGAAUGCCAGUAUUAGUAUUUAUACAUGGCGGAUCUUACUUUAAUGGUAUGGGUGGUAUGUUUGAAGGAUCAUUUUUAGCUACUGAGGGUAUUGUUGUUGUUACUGUUAAUUACAGACUAGGAGCUUUAGGAUUUCUAUCUACGGGAGACUCAAACAUUCCUGGAAAUUAUGGCAUGUUAGAUCAAGUUGCAGCUUUAAAGUGGGUUAAACAGAACAUUGGUCAUUUCGAUGGCGACCCUGAUAGAAUAACCAUUGACGGUCAUAGUGCAGGAGGGUGCAGUGUUGGACUUUUAAUGAUAUCCCCUUUAACGAAAGGUUUAUUUCGAAAUGUAAUAAUUCAAAGUGGAUCACCUUUGGCUCAUUGGGCAGUAAGACAAAGACCUUCAUUACCAGAUGUUUACUAUAAUAUCUUCACCAGUGCUUUUGACUGUCUCUCUAACAAUACAUACACAGUCAAACAAUGUCUACAAUCAGUGACUGCGGACGAGAUCUUCCGAAAGACAUCCGGAGGACAUGCCUCGAGUCCUCGGAUAUCACCUCAGUUUACACCAGUAGUAGAUGGGUAUUUUCUACCAAAACAUCCUCGUGAGCUGCUUAUAGAAGGAGAUUUCUAUGUAGACAAUGUUAUGACGGGAGCUACAAAGGAUGAAGGACUUGUGGCAGCCAACCAUUUGAAUUAUACACUUGCUGCUGAUCUACAUGGUCUUGACCAACUGUUGACGUUAAUACACUGUAUCAGAGGAGAUUUACCAAGAUUACCAGGAAUAGUAGAUACAGUGUUGGAAGUUUAUGCCAGCUGGCCUUUUGACACUUCAGACGAAAAUGUAAGACAGAUCUUUUCUGAGAUUAUAGGAGACCAUUUCAUCACAGCGCCUACCCAUGAUUUAGCCGAGGCUCUCGUUAAACGUAAUGCCACUGUAUACUUGUAUAACUUUGAAUACAGAUCAGAGUUCCAAAGAAAAGAUGAAGGUGUUGUUCAUGGAUCAGAAAUAUUUUAUUUGUGUGGAUUCCCAAUGAGUGGACAUCCAACAUUUCUAUAUGGCGAGAAAGACAGGAAAACUGCGAAAAUGCUAAUGCACCUGUGGGCAAACUUUGUCAAAAAUGGACUUCCAAGUCUCGUUCCACACAAGGAGUUUCACAUGGCACCUUAUUCACUCCAUAGAAAACAGUACAGCAAUAUUUUCGAUGGAGAAAUGGUGCCGAAAGUCGAAGUUAACGCUAAUUAUAAAGAUAAAAAGAUACAUUUUUGGAAUAAAAAACUCCCUCAGUUAUUAUCAGAUACACAAAGACAAACCACCGACCACAGUCGAACUGUUACUAAAAGUUACUUUGUACAGGAAACAAACUCGUGGGUGUUAAUAUCAAUAUGUAUAGUUCUUGCAGCUUUAUCUAUUUCAUUCCUUGUCGGAUAUUGCAGAACAAGAAGACAAUUGAUUAAAGUAUUAAAACAAAAUGGCGUCCCACUAGCUAACAGAAUGAUAUAGACAUUAUAAGAGAAAGGCUGUGUCUUAUGAUAAUAAUUAUAAUGAUUGAUCAAGAAUUUGUCUCAAAUUUUUACAACUUUAACCAUGUAUACAUUUUGUUUUUAAUCUCAGAUUUGUUUAAAUAUUUGAUAUAUGUAAUUCCAUAACUUAUCACAUGAGAUCGUUCUAUCGUGUACAGAAGUUAUAUUGCUAAAUUAUCAUCAUGUUCUUGUAUUUGUUGUUAGGAGUAUGUGGUUUUAUAGAUUAGAUAAUUUUAUACAUUAUAAUCCGUUAAACUUCAUUAAAAUUGAAACGUAUCACAAGAAAAAACACAUUUUUUUAAAAACAUUGUACUAAUUGUAUAUUUUUGUAUAGAAGCAUGCUGUUAUAUAUUUGUAAUCACACAUCAUAAGCAAACCAAAACACAUGUAGUUAUAAUCAAGGACGGUUUGAGAGUACUGUUUAAGUAGUCGUUUUGGUCUUACCAUGAGAGGUGAGCUCUUUAGUACAUUGUUAAAACUAUCGUCAAAAAGAAGGACAUCAUAUUAAGGUAGCUAGGGUGUCUAAAUGUUCGACGAUAGAUUUUUGAGAAACUUCUGUAAACGAUUUCUGGGUCAAUGUACUUUCCAAUCUUAUUGAUGGUUUAAUGCAAAUUUUGAAAUUAAAAUGGCAAUAUUUAAACAUGUAAAUUAUGCAAAUAAUUCAAAAUCAAUGAAUCAUGGCUUAAGGUGCAGGGCCAAAUAACCUCCAUGGAAAUGUGAAAUGCCAAUGCUUACAAAACUGCAUACUAAAUACCAUUGACUUAUCAUAAGUGGUUCCCUUUGACCUAACCUAAACAAAAACUUUUAACUUGAAAACUUUGUUAAAGUUUCAAAGUCAAUGAACCAUAUUGAGGGGGUGGGGCCAUAUAAUCUUCAUGGAAAUGAGACUAGCAAAUGCCAAUACAACUGCACACCCAAUAUCACUGACUUAACUUUCGUUUAUCUUAAACUGAUUUUAGUAAUGACAAACAUUAACAUAUAAAUAAUGCAAAACAUCCAAAGUCAAUGAACCAUAAUAAUCCCCAUGGAAAUGAGAUGUGCCAAUGCUUAUACAACUGCAUACUUAAUAUCAUUGAUAUACCACUAAUGGUUUCUCUUAAACUGACCUAAUCACAAACUAAUACAUGUUAACUAAGCAAAAGUUUCAAAGUCAAUAGGCCAUGCCAUAGGAGGCGGGGCCAAAUGAUAUCCAUGGAAAUGAGAUUUGCCAAUGCUUAUACAACUGCAUACCAAAUAAGAUUGACCUAUCACUAGUGCUUCCCAAUAAACUUGACUCAAUCACAAAGUAAAACAUUGUUAUCCGCCGCCGCCGUCGGAAACAGCACGCCUUAAUCUCACUUUUUCGACUUCGUCAUCGUGAGACAAUAACUAGGGGUCACGGACCUUGUUUUUUCGUUAAAAUACGUUGAAAUUCACGAAACCACAGUUUUUUAUACAACUAUCAUACAAGUGAGAGGUUUAGCUGGCUAUAAAUCCAGGUUUAAUCCACCAUAUUCUACAUAAGGGAAUGCCUGUACCAAGUCAGGAGUAUGACGGUUGUUUUCCAUUCGUUAGAUGUAUUUGAGCUUUUGAUUUUGCCAUUUUAUGAAGGACUUUUCGUUUUAGAAUUUCUCUUGGAGUUCGGUAUUUUUGUUAUUUUACUUUUUAUAUGGGUUAUAUAAGGGUAAACUUAAUUUUUCCUUAUUGACGAAACAUUAAACGAUAGAAUUGGUUAAAAUACAACGAGAGCAUUGCUUUUCAUAAAUACUUCCGAAAUAUCAAAUAAAAGGGGCUGAUUUUCUUGAAAAAUCAGAAAACACAAAUUGAACUAUCAAAUUCAGUAUAAUUAUCUCCCCAUGAUUUUUAAAGGAUAUUUUCUGAAAAAUUUGAAAUACACUUAUCGACAAUUAAUUUUUUUUUUAUAGUUUAAGCUUUAAAUUUCAAGUUUUAGAUGUUUCUGUUGUAUAUUGAAUGAUUCUUGGUAAAUAUUUUAAAACCUAAAAUGAAUUUUUGCAACUUGACCAGAAGAGAUGCUCAGGAAAAGACACCUGAUCUACCUUAAAACGCUAUCUCUUUUAUACAUUGUUGACAUCUUAGUAUGUUAUAGCAUAUUUGUUUCUUGUAUUUCCAAUACACGUCUUUUCCAAAGAAAUGUUUAAUUAUGGAAAGAAAGAAAUAUUUUUAACUUAAAAGA